CGUUCAUCCCGUACAUCACCGCCGGUGACCCCGACCUAGCGACGGCGGCGGAGGCGCUGCGGCUCUUGGACGCCUGCGGUGCUGACGUCAUCGAGCUCGGCCUGCCCUUCUCCGACCCCGACGCCGACGGGCCCGUCAUCCAGGCACGCUCGCACAACUACCUAGCAAGCAACGCGAUCCCACCCUGCGCAUGCGAGAGCGGGCGCGCUCAAGCUUUGCCUGACCCAUCGUGUAAUUGUUCUUCAGGCCUCAGCAGCGCGGGCGCUGGCGAGCGGCACAACGAUGGAUGGCAUGCUUUCGAUGCUCAAGGAGGUGAAGCCGGAGCUGUCGUGCCCGGUGGUGCUCUUCUCCUAUUUCAACCCCAUCGUCCGGUGGGGGAUGGCUGACUUCACCGCCGCCGCCAAAGAAGCCGGUGUAGACGGUCUGAUAGUCCCCAACCUCCCUUAUGCUGCCACCUAUGACCUCAGGAGUGAAGCCAUGAAGAACAACCUCGAGCUGGUGCUGCUCACAACACCAUCUACACCGGAAGAGCGGAUGAAGGAAAUCACAAGAGCUUCUGAAGGUUUUAUUUAUCUUGUGAGUGUCGAUGGCGUUACAGGUCCCCGCGCAAACGUGAGCACACGUGUCGAAUCUCUCAUUCAAGAGGUUAAACGGGUCACUGACAAACCCGUGGCUGUUGGAUUUGGCAUAUCGAGACCUGAGCAUGUAAAGCAGAUUGCGGAGUGGGGAGCUGAUGGAGUUAUCAUCGGCAGUGCAAUGGUGAAACAGUUAGGCGAAGCAGCAUCUCCCAAAGAAGGUCUAAAACGGCUAGAGGAUUACACCAUGAGCCUGAAGAAUGCAUUACCAUGAAAUAUAAAUGUAUACUACACGAUCUGUAAAAGGGAACCACCACUAAUACUGAAGCUGCCUUUCCGCUUUGGUGGUCGAUCGUCUUAGGCAAAUGCAACAAAAUUUCCAUAUGUGCUCACUAGCUAGUUGAAGCUGCUACAUACCGUACCGUGACUUGAUCAAGCCCUCAACAUGUACGCAUGCACACAGCGCACCAUCCUUAUUAAUCCAAUACCAGUCCUCGC